AUGGCUGAACAAGUUAUGGUAUAUGUAGUUGUGAAGCGGCUUUGGUACCUCAUAGUCACAGAGCUAGCUCUGGCAUUGUUGUUUACUUCAUUUCUUUUGAUUUUUCGUUCUGUUUUCAAUGAAAACAAUAUUAAUUCUCAUAAUUACACUCUUCUACAUAUCAAUAAACUCCCUAGAGGUUUUGAAAGUGACAACAUGAAAAAAACAUGGGAACUAGUCUAUGUGCCUUCCACAAGUGAUGCUGUGAAGACUGUCAUUGAUGACGUGCAAAAAAAUUUGGGCACUUCUAUGAGAGUUCAAGGCUUUUCUAACGAAUCUGAUUUUGAAAAUUACAUUAAGAUUGAUCUUCAUAAAUCAUCUGAGGUGCUGGCUGCCAUUGUUUUUCAUCACAACUUUGGUAAUAUCAAAGACUCCCUUCCCCUUCAGGUUAGAUACUCCCUACGUUUCAGUUCUACUCCAAGGAAUUCCUUUAAAAACAUGUCAGAUGAAGGUGUGGAAGGAUGGUACACAUGUGCUCUUUUUCCAGCUACAUUAGAAAAAGGAGCCAGAAAUUACAUGUCUAAUUAUGGGGGACCGCCUGGGUAUCUCCUUGAAGGUUUCCUGGCUGUACAGCAUGCUGUGGAUAAAGCCAUAAUACAGUACCAUAGAAGAAAUACUGUUAAAGACAAGUCUAAUAUCACUCCUCUUGUCUUUGUAAAGCGAUUUCCAUUGCCAUCUGUGACUACUGAUUACUUCUACUCUUUUUUCAACUCAGCUUUUCCCUUUUCAAUUUUAAUAGUUUUCUCCAUUUCUGUACUUGGUGUGAUCCGUUCUGUUGUGUCAGAAAAGGAAAAUAAAUCCAAGGAAUAUCUUCGCAUGAUGGGACUUAGUAAUUUUUUACUCUGGAGUGCUUAUUUUUUCACCUUCUUUAUAAAUUUUCUUCUCAUCAUCCUUUUGCUGAUCGUGAUCCUCUAUGCCAAGAUUGUACACCUGCCAAUAAUCCGCUACAGUGAUAUGUCUUUGGUGUUUGUCUUUCUGGUGUGUUUCGCCAUUGUUUCCAUAAUCUUCAGCUUCAUGGUCAGCACAUUCUUCAGCAAAACAAAAAUGGCCUCUUCUGUAGGAUUUUUUAUCUAUUUCAUAUCCUAUUUCAUACAUACUUUAAUCCAAAAUCACUACAGUCAUUUGACUCUCAGGACCAAGCUGCUUGCCUGUCUCCUCUCAAAUGUUGCAAUGCAUUUGGGGAUUGAACUCCUCGUCAAAUCUGAAAUUAAAGAGACUGGACUUCACUGGGAAGAACUUAUGGAACCAGUUACCUUUGAUGAUGAUUUAUCCUUUGCAUAUAUACUAGAAAUGCUAUUGUUUGACUCUUUUAUCUAUGCCUUGGUAGCCUGGUAUAUGGAAGCUGUUUUUCCAGGAGAAUAUGGAAUUCCUCAGCCCUGGGCAUUUUUCUUGAUGCCCUCCUACUGGUUUGGGACUUCAAAAUUCAUCAUGCCUGUGAAAAACAUCUCUGAAGAUGCUCUAAAAAAUAAGUACAUUGAGGAUGAUCCUAUAGGAUUAGUACCUGGGAUCCAGAUAAGGCACCUGUGCAAGGUAUUUAGUGCAGGACAUACUACCAAAACAGCAGUAAAAGACCUUUCUCUGAACUUCUAUGAGGGACAGAUCACUGUUCUCCUAGGACAUAAUGGAGCAGGGAAAACCACCACCCUGUCAUUGCUCACAGGUAUGUUUCCUCCAACAAGUGGAGAGGCAUAUAUCUGUGGGUAUGCAGUCUCAACGAACAUUGUUCAGAUUCGGAAAAGCUUGGGGUUUUGCCCCCAGGAUGAUAUUUUAUUUGAUUACAUGACAGUAUCUGAGCACCUUUACUUCUAUGCUCAGCUGAAAGGAUUUUCCAAGCAGAAAUGCCAUGAGGAAAUAGUUGAUAUUUUGAACACUUGGAACUUGGAAGAAAAGCGUAAUACACUCUCAAAGUCACUGAGUAGAGAAAUGAAGCGCAAGCUCUCCAUUAGCAUUGCACUCAUGGGAAACUCCAAGGUGCUUAUUCUGGAUGAGCCAACAUGUGGCAUGGACCCCAUCUCCAGGAGGAUCACCUGGAAUCUCAUUCAGGAGUGCAAGAGAGAGUGCACCAUUCUCAUGACCACCCAGUACAUGGAUGAGGCUGACCUACUGGGUGAUCGCAUUGUCAUCAUGGCCAAUGGGACUCUGCAGUGCUGUGGCUCUUCGCUCUUCCUCAAACAGAAAUAUGGUGUGGGAUACCACAUGAUCAUAGUGAAAGAUUCUAACUGUAAUGAAGAAAAAAUUUCUGAUCUUGUUCAUCAAUUCAUACCAAGUGCUACUUUGGGGGGCAACUCUGGAGCUGAAUUAUCUUUUAUCCUACCCAAAGAGAGUACAAACAGAUUUGAAGCUUUGUUUACUGAACUAGAAAUGGAAGAAAAACAGCUGGGAAUUGCCAGCUAUGGAAUUUCUGUCACAACCAUGGAAGAAGUCUUUCUUAGGGCUGGUGCACUGGUUGAUUUAGAGAUGGAUCUUCAAGGCCCUCAAAAGCUUUCUUAUUUGCUAGAUGAGCAAGAAGGAGAGGACAAGGAGGAAAUUGUGUAUGGUGGGAAAAAAGAACCAAAUUACCAUUUUAAGACCAUACCCAUGCAUGAUUUUUCUACUGUGAAAUUCAACACUGGGUGCAUUCUUUACUGCCAGCAAUUCUACGCCAUGGUGAUAAAAAAAGCUGUGUAUAGUUGGUACAACUGGAAGAUUACCUUGAUAUACAUGUUGGUACCUGUCCUGUACAUUUCCUUACUGCUCAGUGUCAUUCAUUGUUCAUUUUCUCAUGAUGACCCAAUCUUGUUACUGGAUUUGAGUCCAUAUAGAAAAACCAUUGUGCCCUUUUCUGUCUCGGGUAAUUCAUCUGUGACCCAGAAAAUUUUAAAAUACGUUAAAGUUGUGUUGACAGCUGAUGGACAAAUCGCCAAAGAAGUAGAAGGUGACCUAGAAGAGUUCCUGGGGAAAAGUAGAAGCUGUAUUGAACGCUGUAUAGUUGCAUUUUCCAUUGAAGUCAACGAAUCCAAUUUUGUUGCCACUGCUCUGUUCAACAAUCAGGCAUAUCAUUCAUCUGCAACAUCCCUGGCUGUGGUGGAUAAUAUCCUGUUUAUGUUAUUUUGUGGCCCCCAAGCUUCUCUCAAAAUCCUCAACAAGCCUCAGCCUCAUAGAGGCACUGGUACUACAAAAAAAUCUCUUGGUUUUAUUCAUGGAUAUGAAUUUGCCUUUGUUUUAAUUUUUGGCACGGCUAACAUGGCAAGUAGUUUUGCUCGACCGGUAGUCAGUGAAAGAGUCAUUGGAGCAAAACACAUUCAAUUUGUGACUGGUGUACAUGUCCUAAGUUUCUGGUUGUCUUCAUUGAUAUGGGAUCUCAUCAGCUUCUUCAUUGUCUAUUUACUGUUACUGGGAUUAUUCAGAGCCUAUGAUUUGAAAAUGUUUUUUGAAGAGAUACAUUCUUUGAAUGUCUUGCUUAUAUUCAUGUUAUAUGGAUGGUCCGUCAUUCCUCUCAUGUACCUGAUGAGCUUCUUCUUCUCACAUCGUUCCAUUGCAGAAUUCAACCUUUUCCUAUUCAAUGCACUUUCUGGAAUGAUCUGCAUACCUAUUGUCUUCUUGAUAGACAAACAAAUAUUAUACUUGGGAGUGUACUCUGAAACUGUGACCAAUUCAUUCCUGCUGAUUCCCAGUUAUACUUUUGGGAUGUCCAUCAAAGAAUUUUUUGAAAAUUUAAAGACCAAGGAAUUCUGUAGCAUUACUUCUUGCCCACAUAAUGGUGCUGAGACUAAUUUCUAUGCAUGGGAAAGUGCUGGAAAGUUUCUGGUUGGCAUGGCUGCCUCAGGCUCCCUUUAUCUCUUCUUGCUUUGUUUGAUUGAGAUAUACCUUUGGAAAAUAAGAAACUAUUGUACUAAUUUCCUUUUCUCUAGUCAUCUGAUAUGGCAACAAAUACGUAGGGAUCUAGGGUUAAACCAGGAAAAGGAGCAGGGAUUUGAACUACCAGAGAUUUCUGAAGACCAAGAUGUGGCAUAUGAGAGGAGGAAAAUCCAAGAAUGCUCUCCAGAUAGUCUGUCAUCUUUGAACAGCCCACUAGUUAUUAAGAAUCUCCUAAAGGUGUAUUUUAAAUGGUUACCUGUCCUGGCUGUGGAUAGACUCUGUCUAGCAGUUCAAAAUGGGGAGUGCUUUGGGCUACUCGGCUUCAGUGGAGCAGGGAAAACCACCACCUUCAAAAUGCUGACUGGAGAUGAAACUAUCACCUCUGGGGAUGCCUUCUUUGAAAACCACAGCAUCUAUAAGGACAUUAGAAAGGCAAGACAAAAGAUCAGCUACUGUCCACAGUAUGAUGCUCUGCUGGACUACAUGACAUCAAAGGAGAUGUUAACUAUGUAUGCCCGACUUUGGGGCAUCCCUGAGUCUUAUAUCAGCCAAUAUGUGAUGGAAAUGCUUCAGUCACUACUCUUAGAUGACUAUUCGGAUACAAUCACACUGAACUACAGUGGUGGCACUAAGCGGAAACUAAGCAUUGGUAUUGCCCUAGUUGGAAAUCCAUCAAUCAUCUUCCUGGAUGAACCAUCCACUGGCGUGGAUCCUGUGGCCCGACGUGUACUUUGGGACAUGAUAACACAAAUCCGCCAAUCUGGGAAGGCCAUUGUCAUAACCUCCCAUAGCAUGGAGGAGUGCGAGGCAUUGUGCACUAGAGUCGCCAUCAUGGUGAAGGGGAGAUUUCGGUGUCUAGGAAGUCUACAGCAUCUUAAGAACAAGCUUAGCAAGGGAUAUACCUUAUUAGCCAAGAUUAAGAGUGAUUAUGAAGCAUCUGGGCUGGAAUAUUUCAAGAAAUUCAUCAAGGAGACCUUCCCAGGCAGCACCCUGAUACACAAGCAUCAAAGAAUGCUCCGGUACUGCAUUCCCAGUGAGAAUCUUAGCUGGGCAAAGGUAUUUGGUAUCAUGGAGAAAGUCAAAGAGGAAUACCAUUUGGAAGACUAUUCUGUCAGUCAUACCACAUUGGAGCAAGUAUUCCUGAGUAUUGCUAAGCCAGAGUUCAUGGUUAAUGAAUAA